CGAAUUCCCUAGCGCUGCAACAACGACGACAUCUUGCAUACCCUUUCUCAACCGACGCGUCGGGAAUCGACUUCGACUUUGGGAACUGCCGUAUCGCACUAAACCAGGAGACAAACCGUGUGUGCGGGCUCUAAUUGGCGCAAGCGCCGUGGUUCUUUGGCGCUCUCACCUCAAGUCAACUCUACGGCCGCGGUAACUUGAGCUGUGAAGGCAAUCGGCACGAGGGUCAAUCCAACCCUCAUUAGUACGACCUAAAACCUGGCGUUGAUCCAUGUUAUCCUAUGCUUUCGUGCACUGGGUGACAGAAAACCGCCGCCCUUCUCUGCCCACGAUGCGAGGGCGUGUGUACUGUAGAGAAUACGGCGUCGAGAGCACCGGGGCUAUCCUUGGGUUGGCUGCUCAAAUGGCGCAGAGUGUAAAGGCCAUUCAGAUUCUCAGGCUCUGGCAACACGUCUGCUGCCGAUAUACGCGCUGCCUGUCUUGGAAUGGCAACGAUUCCCAAGACAUCAAGCACUGGCCGAGGAUGGUGCCCCUCAAUCUUCAUGCACGCCAUUCCCGUGCGCGCCCUGAGGAAACACGCGCAUCUUCCUCAUAAUCACAUCUAGCGCUUCUCUACGUUGUCCGAUCCUUCGCACAUCCCGUCUGCAACCACUCCAAUGAUCAUAUU